AUGCCAAAUUUCAUUAUGAAAUUCGACGUGCCUCUUGUGAGCGUCGGACUCUCAUUUGAAAGAUUGUUUCGCAACCAGAUGCUCUUCUUGCUUCGAUUGGAAAAAACGAAGUUGAGUUGUACGAAAACGUCGAAAUUGAAUCUGUCGUUAGAUUCUUCGCUGUCUCUCCUGCAUAGAAAUACGCGACUGGGAUACAGUCUAGAACCCAUUGUGGCGCCGUGGAAGUUUUCGGUUCUGUUGGAUGACUCAAAAAAUGAUGUUUCGGGCGUGAAUCCCGCGGGGUUGGACAUGUUCAUUGAAAGUAAAAAGAAGAUUGAGAUAAUCGUCAAUCAAGCCUCCAUAGUUGACGCAGUGGAUGCCGUGAUGCAGUUUAAGAAACCACGCGACAAAAACUCAAAAAUUGCACAUUUGUUGGCUUACGAAGCCGUGCAAAACAACGUCAUUGUGAAUUCCACGGGACGCGACUUAUGGGUUCGCGAACUGAAUGGCAAUAUACAAGAAGUACCGCCUGGAAAUAGCAUUUCGCAUUUGGUACAUGCCGCUGAAACCGAAGCAAAUUCUGGAUUCGAGAGUGCAUCAAAUGAGCAGACGAUGCGCGGUAUGACUGACGUCGUUGAUGACAUGAAUCAUCACGGUGACGAACAGCUCAUUAUCGCAUACCUGAUGAUGGAUAUCGUGGCAAUUGACUCGUUGGAUGACUGGCUUUACCCCCGCAUAACUUUCAAGAUUUGGGAUGAGGCUUUGCAGGGUCAUCGUACCGAUCCAUUACCCAUCGGCGUUACGCGCGGCUCAGCAAAGUUACCGAUCCCUCAUCCUUUUUUCCAUCGCGAUAGUGAUAGCGAGUUCAUCAACAAUGACGAUAUCACCAUUAUCGUCGAAAUUUCUCAUAUUGGGCCAAAUGGCGAAACAUUGAGCUUCAGUGGUGACUUUGAAGCUCCAAUCGAACAACAACGCGGUGGAUGGAUUGGCGGUAAAACUGGAAGCUGGAUAGACUGUGCUGCAGGCAAUGGUGACUCCGUGAGAAUUAAGCUGCGCGCUCGAGUGGUGGAAGAGUUGUAUCAACUCUUAAAGAGUCCGCAGAAAACGAUUAUCAAGAGUAAAUUACAAGUUGAAUCACCACCUCUCAUCGUGUGUCGUACGAAUGACAUGGUGAAGCAAUGGUGGACAAGAGAUCAUCAGCAAAGUAAAAGUGCCCUAAGUGCUUGGAAGCCGCACGUCCCAUCGACGUAUGAACUCGAGACGAGAUAUAAGUUUUGUUCGAGUAGAGCUGAAAACGAGUAUAAACUCGUACCUUUUGGGACCAUCCUCUUGCCCGGCCUCAUCGCGCCUCGCAGUGCGCUCAUGGCAGUUGUCUUAGAACAUAAUUCAGAUCAGCGGGCACCGACUGCUUUUCCCUCGGGGUUCGAAAAUAUUUGGACGAGCGAUAAAAAUGAUGUCUCAUUUUGGAAGCCCAUUGCACCAGACGGUUACGUUGCAGUUGGUAACGUGGUUGCGGCGAGCGCCGAAAUGCCUUCCACCGAUUGCGUCGUUUGUGUUCGCGAGGAUUUGACAAAACUUGCAGAAGUGCCUCCGGAUGUUGCAUGGAAAUCGAACAGACGAUUUCGCAAUAAUGAUGAAAGAGAAUUGGCGCUUAUUCAAAACGGCCAACUGAGUACUGGUGGAUGGUCGUUCUUGAAGGAGAAAAUCAAGCGCACGAGUCCAGGCGUGAUUUCGAACGUCAUUCCAUCUAUGCAUAGACUUAAUGACAGGAUGUGCAUUCAUUCUUUGGAUGACGAAGGUAUUCGCGAGUUUUGGAUCGAUAACCGCACUCAUAUAGAUCAUAUAAAGCAAGAAUUACAAGCUGGAGAGUCAAUUCUCGCCAUUUCGUUUUCUCCUUCCGGGCCGUUUGAGCAAGUGCGUCUUAAUCUAGGCGCUUCACACGUUGUUCGUCACAAGACUCACGAUUUAGUCUUUGACAGUCAAAAGGGGCAUCUUUUGAGCUAUGUUUCGUGCGAAAACGAAACAGAUUCUGAUAUAUUCGUUGAUGUUCAUCCAGCUAUGAAGAGAGAACUCACGACUUCUAAUUUGGACAUAUCUCUGAGUGAGAAGUAUGAGUCGCCGAGCGAUGUCGCGGAUAUAGAAGUAUUUGAAUCGGAACGAUAUUACCCGUUGAGAGGAUGGCGUGCUCCAAAAGACGCUAUCGUAAAAGCUCGUUAUAGCAGGCAUAAAAGUGGACGAGGUUCGCAAAAACGGUUUCCAGACGUCAAAGCUCCAAAAGGUUUCAGAUUUGAAGGACCGUGGGAGCUCGACAAACCACCAAAUCUGGUGAAUGACGACGGUUGGGCGUACGGUGCUAUUUGGCUAAGGAAGUGGCCACCGCCUCGUGGAUCAGACAAAAGUAAAGGUCGUGCAACCCGUCGCCGACGAUGGUUUCGUCGUGUCGUUCGAUUGAAAUCAGCUGAAGAAAUUGAAUCGCGCGUUUCCCUUCAUAACAUGAAGCGAGAUUUCAUCGAAGAUUGGCACGGCACGUUGGCGGUACACGGACGUCUUACGCUACCUUCUUGUUCACGAACCGAGUCCUACAUGUUGGCGUUACGCACGGGGGCUGACGUCGCAUCAAUUACCGCUCCGUCGUUUACCGAGAGAGAUGACGCGCUGGAUAUUCGUGACGUGUUAUCAGAGCAAGGCAACUGUGCGCUUGCUUACAACAACCUGCACGAUCACUUUCUUUUGGUCAAAGAAGAAUUGUCGAAUGAUGUGCAAAGUAGCGCGAUAGGUGCUAUUCCAGGCGUCAAGAUUCGUGUCGUUGCCCCUGUUCACGUUGUCUCAUUGAUGGAUUGUCCGUCGCAAGUUGUUUUGUACGCCAAUGGCGAAGAAAGAAUUGCCAUGCAUCUUGCCGCGAACGAAACGAAACGUAUCACGGCGAUCGAUGCAAACUGUGAUACAAUAGAGGUGCUCGUGUCUUUGUUCGAAGAUUAUCUCAGCCUUAGUAACGACAGGCCGCUGCGUCUAGAUGUCACCCCGGCUGGAAGUCCACCGGCGCCACAGGUAAACUGGUUGAACAUCAAAGGCUAUCCGUAUGUGGUUUCUAUGCUGUUGAUGGAGACGUGUAGAACUAGAAUGGCGGGUGAUAAAUUCAACGAUGAUCCUUCGCAGCAUCUCUUGAGUCUGACGUAUCGCAAUGUGCUGAUGGUUACAAAUGCAUCACCGAUCGACAUUAAGUGUUUGGCGUGGGUCGCUGGCACAAGUACGACAAACGCGCACAUAGAUGCAUACGUUGGGGUACCCAAAGGCGAGUCGCAACCUGCCAUGUUUCUGAAAUCGAGUGCGAAAACCCUCGCCAAAGUUUCGAGCAAAGAAUUUGUGCUCGGUUUUUGUAUCGAUUCGUCUCCAGUACUAGUGAAAAUUUCACCAAGUUCUGAGCCCGUGAUGUUUACGCUUAUGACAGCAAGUGGGGACGAACUUGCCUUUCAAUGUUCCGUAGUAUUAUGGGAGGGUCAAAACACCAACGCCGCGACAUGGCCAACGCUUGAAGUUGUUUUACAACCCGUGCUCGUGGCGAUCAACUUGACUCGAAUUCCUCUCGCGAUUCGCUCAAACACUAUGGAACACAAGAUACUCGAGCCAGGUUCAUAUCCCACGCCGUUUUCUUUGGAUAUUAAGUCUUCGAAAAGCGUAGACGAAGUUGAAGCCGUGCUUAAUCAAGCCGCGAUUCAAAUAGCGGAUAUGUCGUGUCAUUCGGAAGGAAAAGAUAUACUUUGGAGUUCGCCGCUGCAGAAUUUGGUGCGCUAUUCUGGAGCGAUGUGGAGCAUCCCACAAGGUGCCUCCCCCUUGGCGGAUGAAAUUAAUGCAUUUAGAAGACUUGGAGGUAUCGACGAGUCUGGCGAAAACGUAAAUUUCAAGGCACCUAUCAUCGUUCAGUUUCUUGUCGAGCGCGGUGAGCACGGUUGCUUCAGGGUCUUUUUUAGGGGGGGCGACGGAGCAUCUCUGCAGAAGGCGCCAAUCAUGAUCAAAAACCAUUUGCACGAACCUUUACUCAUUCGACAAGUGAAAGCGAACGACUUUGAGGACGUAGAAAAGAAGUCGGUGCAAAAGUCCACCGUGCGACUACUGCAAGGUAUUAAGAAAGCCUCACACGGCGUAGGACAGUCUUUUGCAAUUCGCCCGUUCUCAGCGAUAUCUUGGGCGUGGAGCGUCCCAGGUAUUCCUAUGAGAUUGGACAACUUGAAAAAACAGGAGCUCGAGGCAAACGCCGCGGAGCUCGCAUUUCGAAAGCGGAAAUUUUUGGAGAUAUCGAACAAUACAGGGGAUCACGUCAUCAUAGAGAUAAACGCGUUCAGCUCGCGAUUCAAGGGUUUCAUGCACCUCGGCGACAUGCAAUUUGGAGAACUAGGCAAGCGCACGUUACACGCAACGAUUAUUGGUGAAUGGCGUGACGCAUCGUUCGUGAUCUUCGUGGUUGAUAAAACGAUAACGUUUGACAACUUUUCUUUCACGACUGAAAUGACGAAUCAAGCGAAAGCAUUGACGUUGUACGCGCGGCAGCAAGAAACGCACAUCUCUGUCAAUUUGGCUGGCUUCUCCGUAACAAUCAUCGAUCGCCUCCGCGACUCAUUCGUCGAGUUAUUCCAUCUCACGAUCGACGACGUGAUGAUCAGGCACGGAAUCAACUUGAAUCAACAGCAGUUCUGUCUAUAG